GGGGGGCUGGUUUCGUUCGUGUGAUCAGUAGAACACGAUGGUGAUGAGUUGUUGAUGUGACGACAGAAGAUGUACCAAAGUCGCUCUCUUCGAAAGCUUUCCUCAUUGAGCGAAGGAUUCAGUCUUGGCAGUGGCGCUUCAUGCGCACAGGUUCGAAGGACCUGAUGUCACUGUUCGGCAAACAACUGUCCGCAGGACAUGUGAAAACGGCAGCGAACAAACGCGUGAACUUUGCGUUGCAUUUCCUAUGGGACUUCUCAAAAAGCACUUGCGAAGCGACACCCUGAAGUUUGGAAAAACAAAUAGAAAUCACUGCAAAGCACAGGGUCCCGUAGGGCACCCAGUCAGGCUCCGUGCAUAGAUGACAAAUAUUGACAUAAAGCUGACAAAUGAUGACAUAAAACAUGUGGGUUUUUACCGGGAUUUUGUCGUUUGGGUGGUUUCCUCAUGUUUUCCAAAUGCACACAACUACACGUUCUGUUUCCGACCUGGAGGGAUCUUUUUGCAUCACAAAGUUGCCAUGAUGCCACUCAAGUGGACAUAGAGCACCGGAACUCAUCGUGACCAACGGACUCAAGAAAAAGGCCAUGUGCCGGGGUGCCCUUUUCAGCCGCACCAGCACAGGAGCGCUAUCUUCUCGGAUCUGGCCUGCUCCCCCCCAGCAGUUGCAAAACAAAUAUGUUGAAAGACUAUGUUUGCGCUGCUGUGAAGACAAUCUACCCUUGCAAGCUGCAGGAAGGCAACAACUUCCAGUUACGGACACCACGACCUAGCUGACGAACACCAAUUACAACGUCAUUUCGUUCUUGUUCUUCUCAGUGUUUACAAGGGCUGGCUUUCGUCCCCUCCCCUCUCAGGUGUGUAUUAGGUCGAUGGAAGGUUGUCCUGCUUUGCUUUGUGCAGCAUUGACGAAGAGGUGUGACACAUGAUUGGUGGAACUCGCACAGCUCGCGUCGCGCAGGUGGUGCUGGAGUUGCUGGGCGGUGGUGGCUGGCGGCUUCUCACCCCCAAAGAGUAUGAGGCCAGCGUGACCCUGAGAUAGCCGGCUAGCUUUGGGGACCCAAAAAUGUGGCUUGAACUUCCGUGACUGAUGUAUGGAAGAAGUUGACAAGCUUGGAGCAGGGAUUUUUCAGACUUUCAUUUGCAGACAUUUAUAGCUGCUCUAUGUCCAUCAGAGAUGUGCCACACUGACACUUGCGUGUGCGCACAUACACAGUCCAUGUCCAUUCCCAAGACCACAAGAUGCCCAGUCUUUAGUGCAAAGGUCACCCUAUACCUCCACCCAGUAUGUCUGAAGCCAUGUCGGUGGAAGCUGCGACCUCGCCAUUGUCGACGGGCUCUCCCCACAACCGUUCAUCACCUCAGCUGGUGACGGCCACCGGCAUGGAAGAUUUACCUGACUUGACAGAUCGCAUCAUGUCAAUGGGUCUUUACGAGGAGUACCAGAAGUUCCGUGAAGGAAAUCUAAUUUGGCGUGGUGGCGGGCACCAUGGCGCGCGUGGAGAGCCCACUGCACAGGCCUUGGAUCGCUCACCGGAGCGACAGCAAAGGAGUUUCUUGAACACCUUCUAUCCCUCUUUUGACACGUGGCACUGGCGGCGGACGGCCUCAUACUGGAUUGCCAUCUCCUUCUUGGAAGGCUCCCUCCUGUUUCUUUUUGGGAGCUGCUUUGGGUUUGCGGCAGACAGUGGUUGGCGCAUCACGGAGAAUCUUCAUGUGAACGCUCGACUGAACAAGGCCUUGAGCAUUUGGCCAGCACUUUUCGGUGGCGUGUUCUUCAGCUUUGGGGCUUACCUCAUGUGCCUAGAGUCAAUGAAUGUGAUGCGCGGCAGAGAUACUUGGAAGACCAAUUUGUUCAAUCUACCUUCGGCAUUGGCAUACCUUGACUCUUGCAACGAGCUGAACCCAGAAGUCACCCGAACGCCAUAUUUGGCCUCGAUGGCCUACUUCGUCGGCACAUCGCUUUAUCCCGUUGCAUUAGUGGCAAACCUGUGGACACACCUGGAGCCUACGAGCAACCUGCUUUUGUCCACAAUUCCCUACACUAUUGGAGGCAUCUUCUUUGUUGUAGCCGGCUUUUUGGAGUGUCUCGAGAACAAGGUCUUCACCACCUCCGCGGCCGAGGGGUCUGCAAUCCCCAAGUGUGCAGCUGCCAUGAAUUUCAUGGGUGGGAUCUUGUUUGCUCUCGGUGGCUUAGUUCUGUUUUUUCCUCACAUGUCUGCGGAAAGCAACAUGUGUUAUCUGGUGGGCUCACUGCUCUACACCAUUGCUAGCAGCCUCAGUGUGAUUUUGUGGAAGGACGAGCAGUUUGGCUUGGCCUACUUGGCAGCUUUGAACCACAUGAGCGGCCAGGAUCGUGCACGAUCCUGGAUUGGUGGUCAGCAAUCUGGUGCAUUUUCAGUGAGAGGAAUUGUAUUCAUCCACCUCUACUGCGUCGUGUCUGUCGUUGCAGUGAUGAACUUUUGCCUCUCCUUGAACCACUUCCUAAGUUCUCCUAACCUCUUCACCAUGACCCGUGCGGGUAACGAAUUUCUGCCUUUUGUCUUGCUCCACUUGGUCUUGCUCAUGCACUCUGCAGUGGUGAAGACUCCAAAGACCCAGCCCUUUCACGCUUUGGUCAUGUCACUUCGCUUCAUUACAGUCGUGAUCAUGCUCCUGGCACUGGGCACUUUCAUCGCAGGCCUCAUGCAUCCUCCUCCGCCUCCCAUGAUUGAGCGCCACUCGUUGCGUUGGCACUUCCGGCCACGACCUUUGAUCAUUUGAAGCUAUGGCAGCUAUGGCCGCACGGCCGCUGCCGCAUCCAAGUGACCUAAGAGCAUGAUGACCGAGCGAAACUUCUCCUUUGAACAAGACCUGGCCCGAAGUGGGGGAUAUUGGGAGAUGCUCAUCCGUCACCUGUGAAUUGCGGCCUUUGUGGUUGUUAAACCCACUAUAAUUGAGAAUCGUUUCUGAUAGUCAGAGAGAGUGAGAGUCGCGAG